AUGACGGACGCAAUUGACCACUACUAUCAGAACAGGGAUGGACCGCCAUCGAGAUCUUUCAGCAAUGAGUCCGAUUCAUACAACAAAACCGCUCCUUUGCCUCCACUAUCAACAUUUCCUGAAAGAGCCCGAACUCCAAGUUCAAAACGUGUUCCGAUAACCCCCAAUUCCGCCAAAUCUACAUCCGAGAGCCCACGUCGCAUCACCUUCUCUAGAGAUGCCGGAAGUAGCACAAAAGGCUCGACGGGAACAAGUCCUAGUAACAAAGGAAGUGUAAGCAGUAGAAAUGGUAGCAGCGGGAAUGGUAUGGGACUGAGUAGCGCGGGAAAUUUUGCGGAUUUCUUUAGCUCUGAAGUAUUUUAUAUCGUGCUUCAUAAUCCAACGACCGCGCAUCGAUUCUUGAAGUUUUGUCAAAGUCGUGCUUGUGCGGAAAAUCUUGAAUUUUUGCAAAAGAUUGAUGAGUAUAACCGGUUGAUAGAUGAAGCGACACGUCUUCUUUCCACGAUUUACUCAACCUUUGUUUCGUCAGAGGCGCCAAAGCAAAUCAAUAUUUCCAAUUCUCAUGCUCGGCGAUUAUCACAUGAUAUCAAGAGCGCGACUAACAAUAUACUUCCCGGCCUAGAAGACAUCUUCAAUGGUUCACAGGAGCAAAUCGAGAAAUUGCUAGCUAGCGAUCUGUACCCACGUUUUGUAAAACAUCAGGUUACUGCUUCCGCUACUAUGGCUUUGGCAAACGACAAGGAAAGAUACCCAGGACUAGGCGACUGCUUUUGUCUCACUGAUCCAAGGCGGGCCGAUAACCCAAUUGUAUUUGCUUCGGACGGGUUCGUCUCUGUCACGGGAUAUUCUCGAUCAGAUAUCAUCCCUCGAAACUGUCGCUUCCUACAAGGAUCAUUCACUGAUCGUCAAGCAACAAAGCGACUACGAACUUCCAUUGACAAUUGCGAAGAGACAGUUGAACUGCUUCUGAAUUAUCGCAAAAAUGGUGAUCCAUUCUGGAAUCUCCUUUACGUAUCUCCCUUACUUGACGGUAAUGGGAACGUCAGAUUCUUUCUCGGUGGACAAGUAAAUUGCAGUACGACGAUUCACAGUCGUACUGAUGUUCUUCGAAUUUUGAGCCUGAACGAUGAGGAUACUGGGAGUUUUAUAGAGGGGAGCAGUAAGGCCCCAAGUGUUCGAAGCAAGGAGUCCAAUAGUCCCAGCAAUUGUGGAAAGACUUCGUUCUUCAAGAGCUUCAAAAAAUACAAGGCAAAUGCUGUAGAAAUUCGGGAUGAAGCUGGAAUGGAAGGCGAAUUAAUUGACCGGAUUGGAAAGCUACAAUUCAAAACACAAGUUGAGGAAUUCUAUACGGCUUAUUCGAAGUAUCUCGUCCUAUACUACCAACCACAAUCACAGAAUCUGAUUGUCAAAUACUUCUCUCCGGGUAUAGUAGAUAUGCUUAAUCUAAACCUUCCCAACGGCCUCGUGGCUCCUAUUGUCGAUAAAGACAUCUUCAAAGUUCUCACAGAACACUCUCCGUCAUCUGUACCCCGCACGUUCAAAAACGCAGUCAAAGAAGGCAUCAAAGCCGGGCGAGCAGUAUCAGUCGAAACGACACUCUUGACCGGAAUUGAAGAAAUCAAGAAGUCACAGGGCAUUUUUGGUGGUACAACGGCAAAUAGAGAGAAGGGGUGGAAGAAGGCCGAGGAAAAAUACAUCUGUCAUUUCACGCCUUGUAAAGAUGAGAUUGGCAGAGUUGGAUGGGUCGUUUUGACUGUCGCACCAAAGCAGGAAAGAUUUUGA